CCCCGAUCUGGAGCCUGGAAUCAUCUUCUCAUUGAGUGGACAGACAGGAUGCGGGACCCUUCUGUGCACCACGGCCACCGCCCGAGAACACAAUGUUCCCAACAAGACAAUGCGCAUCUCGAUUAUGCAUCAAACGAAGAAUCAUCACCUUCAGAGACUGUCGCAGACCGAAUCGUGAGGAUUCGUGAAGACGUACGGAAUCUCGAAUCUUUUUACAAAGUUCGCUGCUCGCCUACACGCUACCAACGACUACAAGCGUUCUUUGAAAAUGAGAUAGCUUCGUUGGAGAAGAUCACAUUCAAGAAUCUGGACCAAGAAGAGAAAGUGGAUUACAUACUGAUAAGAAACUACCUUCGUGACCAACUGAGUGCGCUGGUCCACGACGCCGAGCAGGAAGGCAAAGCUAUAGCAUUUUUAGAAGGCUAUUUCACUAUGCGUUUGACACGCAUCAUACAAGCACGGCAAACCGUAAAUGAUACCAAUGGUCAACAAUCCGCUGCUUUUUUAUCAGAAUCUAUGAACCAUGUAGCCGCUGUCCAAAAGGAAAUUAUCCAAGGAAAGGAGAAAGCUGAUCCAGUGACUGCGCUAAGAGCAACACAAACACUGCUUGGAUUGAAAGAACAACUUGCCGAAUGGUAUUCAUUCUACAAAGAUUAUGAUCCGCUGUUCACUUACUGGGUGUCAGAUCCCUACACCGAGAUCGAUAAAGCCCUUCAAGAUCUGAUAAACGUGAUCAAAGAAGUUGUUAUUGGAAUCAAGCCAGAUGACACCGAUACCAUCAUCGGCGAGCCAGUCGGGCGGUCCAGAAUCCUCGAAUCUCUCCAAACCGAGAUGAUCCCCUACACACCGGAGAAGCUCAUUGAGAUAGGACGCAAAGAAUACGAUUGGUGCGAGCAAGAAAUGAAAAAAGCCGCAUCGGAACUCGGUUUCCAAAACUGGCGUGACGCUCUCGAGCACGUGAAAACCCAAUAUGUCGAACCGGGAAAGCAACCGCAGCUAGUACGAGACCUGAUCAAAGAAGCAUCCACAUAUGUCAAAACCCACAAUCUCGCGACGGUGCCGCCGAUCUGCGAGGAGACGAUCCAGACCUUCAUGAUGUCCCCCGAAGCCCAGAAAAUGAACCCGUUCUUCUUGGGCGGCGACGAGAUUAUAGUGUCGUACCCGACUUCUUCCAUGAGCCACGAGCAGAAACUGAUGAGCAUGCGCGGCAACAAUAUCCACUUUUCGCGCGCCACCGUGUUCCACGAGAUGAUUCCGGGCCACCAUCUACACAUGCACUACAUGUCGCGGCACAAGCCGUACCGUCAAAUGUUUCAAACUCCCUUCUGCAUUGAAGGUUGGGCUUUUUACUGGGAGAUGCUGCUUUACGCAGCUGAUUCUUGGAAGAAGACACCAGAGAACCGUAUCGGGAUGUUGUUCUGGCGCAUGCAUCGCUGUGCGCGCAUCGUUUUUUCGCUCAAGUACCAUCUCGGUGAGAUGAGCGCCCAGGAAUGUGUGGAGCUGCUUGUGGAUUGGGUCGGGCAUGAGCGGGCUACCGCGGAAGGGGAAGUGCGUAGGAGUGUUAUGGGAGAUUAUGGACCUUUGUACCAAGCAGGCUAUAUGUUGGGUGGUUUACAGCUGUGGGCGUUGAGGAAGGAGGUUGUUGGGGAGGGAAAAGGAAAAUGGACAGAGAAGCAGUUCCAUGACAAGUUUUUGAGGGCUAAUCAGAUGCCUGUGGAGCUUUUCCGGGCUUUGGUCAAGAAUGAGGAUCUCUCGGAAGAUAGAGAGAGUACGUGGGAGUUUUACAAGGAGCUGGAAUGA